UCGGAUCCACUGCGCACGCGCGCUGCGCACUGCUACCGGAAGCACAUCCCCGCACGUGUCGCGUUUGACAACCUUGAAGAGACUACAAAACAGCUAAAGUAGCCGUUAGCUUAUGUCUCACAACAAACCGGCCCCGCGAUGCCAGUGACACGAUUAUUAUACCCUCUCUACCAGCUGGGCAACCCUCAGCUGAGGAUCUUCAGACCCAAGUGGUUCCUGACCCUCGUGAGGCCGGGGAAAGAGCAGCCCCCUGACACUGUCCAGUUUCGAAUCCCAAUGGAAAUGACCAAGUGUGAUGUAAAGAGCUACCUGGAGAAGAUCUAUAACGUCCCUGUGGGAGUAGUCCGCACCAGGAUACAGUUUGGCUCCAAUAAGAAGAGGAAUCACCUAAACCAGAGGGUGAAGCAGCCCGACUAUAAAGUAGCUUACAUUCAGCUGGCCCAGGGCCAGACGUUCACCUUCCCUGACAUCUUCCCGGAAAAGGAGCAGGCGCCGAAGGAGGGCUCCGUGGAGGAGAUGCAGGAGAAGUUUAUGGAGGACGAGAAGCAGAGGCAGAGACUGGACCCCAGGAGAGGAGGGGUCACUGAAUGGUUCGGACUCUGAGACAACCCUCCCGACCGGGAACUCUUGAGCGUGUUUUGCAGCGUGGGUGUUUUCACUGGGAGCAACAUGUAUUGAUUUACAGCGCGACUGUUGUGAUGUCACUUCUAUUUAUGUACGAAACACUCACAAGUAUGUAGUAAAGAAGAAUGAGCGUGUGUGUGUGUGUGAGUGUGAGUGUGAGUGUGAGGCAGAGCGAGGUAGAGCGAGUUUGUGAGGCUCCAGUCCAGUAACGAGAGCCAGAACAGAAUCACAGGAGGAGGAGGAGGAGAGUGGCCCUGCUCCAUCUUUUAUGAAACCAGCCCACCGUACAGAAUCUCCAUCACCUCAGAUGACCUCCUCGUUUUGCUGCCCCUACUCUUCCACCUCCUUCUCGUUUUACUCCUUAUCUUUGGCACCAGUACCUCAGCACCUCCACCUUCCAUGACUCGCCUCUUCCCCCUCUCUUGUGCCUCUGUCUGCUCGUCUCCUCAUCCUCUGCCACCCCUGGGGAGUCGUACAGGGGGGGGUGUCCCUCGUAGCCCCGACUCUCAGCCAGUUGGAUCCGCUCACCUGGACGACCCACAUCCGUUCCCUCUUUUAUGAGUUUGCCUCGAAUUAAUUGACCACUUAAGGUGAACAACAAUUGAGAUGUUGUUUCAGCAAAGCGACGACAUGGAAUUUGCUGGAGUGUUUUAUUAUUUUGCGGUAGCCCCUCUUGCCAUGACUCCGAGAAAAAGAUUGUGCAUGUGUUUGUGCGUGUGCGGUUGUUUUGGCCUCGGAUGUGGGUCUUGCCAGUGAAUCUGUCUAAUUGUAAGUGCUGUUGGAAUAAGAACUAAUAAACGGUCACAUGUCCAAAAGUG